CUGGGGCUGUGGGCGCUAAUGGCGGCGGGCCGGAGGCUGGCCCGAGGCUGGCCCUUGUUGUAGGCUCUUAACAAGCCUGCGUUCCUGUCCGGCCACCGCCCCAUCGGCCUUGGACAGGUCACUGUCUUUUCAGAGCAUCAGUGUGCUCGUCUUCAAGCGGGCCCGACAAGUGCCAGCCUGAGAGGUCUGGCCCUACUGGGCCUGCCUCGAUGCUGCGUGGACGUGCGCUUCUUUGCCCCUCUCCGUUAAAUCCCAGUGCUCGGGAUUCCUACCAGUUACUGGCAGGACCCGGUGGUGGUGUCGCUGGGCUGAUUGCUCCCACACCUGAAUUCCUGUUUCGGCCCUGCCACUCACUGCAGGUGUGACCUUGGGCGCAUUCCACCUCCGCUGCUUACUUCUCAACAGCCCUGGGAGACAGGAACAGUUGUUGUCCAUUGUAAAGAUGAGGCAUCCGAGGAAGUCAAGUCUUGCCCAAGGCCGCAGAGUUUGAGCUUAUUAGCUGUAUCCGCUGGGGCUCAUCAAGUUGUCCAUCUGUCCUGGACCUUUCCUAACCGAGUUCCUUCCCAGCAGGAUGGAGCCAGGGGAAGAAAUGGAGGAGGAAGACUCUCCAGGCGGCCGUGAGGAUGGCUUCACUGCUGAGCACCUGGCGGCAGAGGCCAUGGCGGCCGACAUGGACCCCUGGCUGGUGUUUGAUGCCCGCACCACGCCUGCCGCUGAGCUGGAUGCCUGGUUGGCCAAGUACCCGCCAUCCCAAGUUACUCGCUACGGGGACCCUGGCUCACCCAACUCUGAGCCUGUGGGCUGGAUUGCAGCAUAUGGGCAGGGCUAUGUCCCCAACUCCGGCGAUGUGCAGGGCCUGCAGGCAGCCUGGGAGGUUCUGCAGACCAGCGGGCGGCCCAUCACGCCGAGUACCCUGCGGCAGCUGGCCAUCACCCAUCACGUGCUCUCUGGCAAGUGGCUGAUACACCUGGCACCUGGCUUCAAGCUGGACCACGCCUGGGCUGGCAUUGCUCGGGCUGUGGUCGAGGGCCGGCUUCAGGUGGCCAAGGUGAGCCCACGGGCCAGGGAGGGUGGGCGCCAGGUCAUCUGUGUUUACACGGAUGACUUCACGGACCGCUUGGGUGUUCUGGAGGCAGAUGCGGCCAUCCGUGCGGCGGGCAUUAAGUGCCUGCUCACCUACAAGCCUGACGUCUACACCUACCUGGGCAUCUACCGGGCUAACCGCUGGCACCUCUGCCCUACUCUCUAUGAGAGUCGUUUCCAGCUGGGGGGCAGUGCCCGCGGCUCCCGAGUGCUGGACCGCGCCAACAACGUGGAGCUGACCUAGUGCGGCCAAGUGGGGAGGACCGCUUUCCACCUCCUCCCACACCAGGGAUGGAUCGUCCCGCCUCCUCCUCUCUGUCCCAAAGAGUUCGAGCCCCCCAACUCUGAGGUCUGGGUCACUUGGGAACUGCCUGCAUCUUUGAUCCCUUUGAACACUUGUCCUCUGUUCAGGGCUGAUUCAAGUCCCCACCAGCUGGAGGCUCUGGCUCCCUGAGGGCCGGGCUCUCAGCCUCUCUCUUCACUGCUGCUCCCCUCGGUCACACAGGACUACAGUCUGGGUACAGCUUUCCAGGAGGAGAGCCUUCCUUGGCCGCCCUCAUGUCCAGCUGACCCUCCCUCCCCUCCUGCAUUCCUUCCUUCUCCUCCCUCCCAAGAGAGAAAAAUCAGUGCUUCCAGUCCCUCUUGGAUCCUUCACAGUCCAGGAGGCAAAGGCCCUGCAGGCCUAAGCAUGCUAUUUCAUUGGGGGGAGGGGGUGAUUGUAUCCACUCAGCCCUUUGCAGACAGAGGGGCUGCCAGGGCCAUGGACCUGGGGCCUGCCCCUUCCUACCAUCUCCCACCGCCUGCACCACCUCCCUCCUUCCCUCCCUCCCUCCCUCCCUCCUUCCUUCCUUCCGUCCGUCCGUCCGUCUGUUCCUCCGUCCUUCACUACCUUGACAUGUGCCUGCUCCUGGCAUUUCAAUAAAGCCCAGUUUGGUUCUGUG